CUGUCAGUGUCAAAAAUCAGCUGUAACUGUAAUGGUUUUAAAAUGCUGAAUUCAAAACAAUCCCUUCAAGAAUGAAAAAAAUUAGCUUAUAUGUGUUUGUUUCGUUAAUUUUAGCAUGUAGUUACAUUAUCGGCAUCUUAAAGUUUUUGUCCGAAAAUGAAGAGGAUAGAUGUGAAAUGACAUAUAUGUUUGAGUAUCCUCAGUAUGUGAAAAUUUCAAACAAAGCUGAUAAAGAAUUUAGGAAAUAUGGAUUGUACGCCUAUAGUGAAGGAAGGCUCACUGAGAGGACACGAAAUAUGUAUUUUGAUGGAAUACCGGUACUUUUUAUACCGGGAAAUGCAGGAUCGCAUAAACAAGUUCGCUCUCUAUCCUCGGUAGCAUUAAGAAAAUGGAUGAAUUCAAGGACAUCUUACCACUUCGACUAUUUUGCAGUUGAUUUAAAUGAAGAAUAUAGCGGCCUGUAUGGCCCUUUACUUUUUGACCAGUUACGUUAUGUUAACGCUUCACUAUAUAGAAUUUUGGAGUUAUACGCAGACAGGCAGAAGCCUCCUGAAUCUGUGGUGGUAGUUGGACAUUCCAUGGGUGGAAUUAUUGCUAUGAAACUGCUCUCUGAAUUAGAACAACCUGAACUUAUAUCAGUAUUAAUAACCUUAGCUUCACCAUUGAAAAGAGCAGCAAUGAGCUUAGACUACCACAUGAACAAAUUCUAUGAAGGAAUAUUUGACGAGGAUUUCAGUGCAACCACUGUCGUCAGUUUAGCAGGAGGAUAUAAAGAUAUUUUGAUGCAUCCACAUUUUACUAAAAGGCAAAAUAACGAGAUAAUCCAUGUUUCGACAUCACACAUUCCAAUGUCUUGGACUGAGAGCAACCAUGUACAGAUACUAUGGUGUAAACAGGUUGUUAUGGCUCUCAAUAGAGCUUUGUUCGAUAGCGUUGACAUGAAAACACGACUGAUCUCAACAAAUACCACAUACCGUAACGAGGCGUUCAAACAUCAUCUCAUCAAGAAUAGCGGAACAAAGGUUAAAAACCACGAACAGUAUUCUAAACUGGUCACUAUCAAUACAAAAGGCAAAUGGAUAGAUGAUAUACGCAAAGUAUACUCGAUAGAAUACCCACGCGGACUCCACGAACCUCACUGGAAUAUGGUAGGACUAUCUGACCUUCCUGGUUACGAGAUUUUGACCGUAUUGGCCGUUAACUUGGAAGUUACUGAUUGGAUCUUCGCAUGCAACGCUUACUACAUCCAACAAACAUCUAGAGCUUGCCAAGAAGGGUUUCAUCUUAGCCACAAAUCCGAAAUAGCCCCUUCGGUUAAGCACAAAAGGAGGUUUUUCCACAUCAAUAUGAAAUAUCUGAAACAGUACCGCAAUGAUCUCUCCCACAUAGUUUUCAGAGCGUUGCCGACAAAUGAACCUGUAAAGUUCCACGUGGACAUUCACGGUUUAAACGACAGAAAUUUAACAGUGAAUCUGCCUGGAGUGUUCUCGUUUUCGAAGCAAACCAUACUAGAAAGAACACCCGAAAACGCCUUGUAUUAUGAAGUGGCUCUACCGGCGCUGAACAAUAUUAUUCAGUAUUAUAGAUUGUUUUUAGAACCGAUAGAGUGCUUGAAAAGUGAUCAUCAUGCUUCUGUCACAUUGACAGUGCCAUGGAGUAAUGAGAAUUACCAUGGGUUUAUAACGAAUAACAUGAAAAAACCGUUUAAUAUUAGGUUGUAUAGUUCUAAGCCUUUUGAUCUCAAUAAUGCAACUGCAAAAUUAAAAAUAAUUUUAGAUCCAUCUUGUAGAUAUAAAAUAAGUGUGCAGUCUUCUUUAUUUGGUGUUAUCGGGCAACUAGCCAGGACGUACACACCAUUGUUGGUAGCUAAUCUGGCUGUAAUAGCUUUGAUGUCGUUAAGACAUCAACUAAUAACUUUGGAGGACGGAUAUUGCUCAAUUAUAUUUACUGCUAUUCAAGAAGGCGCCAAGCCAUACUACGUAUUUUGUGCUUACGUACUGUUGAGCCGUUUAUUAAGUCUUCCCUUUUUGCCUGACAUUUUGCUCAAACCGGACCAUAUAUAUCUGGUGGGCGAUGGCGUAGAUUUUUUCCUGAUACCGUUGUUCCUAUACACGUGCAGUGUUGGAUUUUUCUGGAUACUGAUUGUACUUUUCAGUAUUUCUUUAAUUGCCAUGGAAUCUACAGUACACAAACUUUCAUUAAAGUUGUUGGCUCGUAGUGUUAGCUUCAAUAUGGCGUGGUCCGACUACCUAAUGAGCUAUUUACAUAAGGUACCCGUCGUGGUAGCCCUAACGUUAAUUUCUUUGUCUCUAACCACAUGUGGAGGGCUCGCCCUAUGUUUAGGAGCCAUGUUUUACUUUUUAAGGUUAACACAGAUGUCCCAAGACUUCGUGGAAGAAAUCGUAUGGUUUAUAGGAAAGAAAAUAGCUAGAAGAAUCAAAAGUUUCUUUAGCCGAAAUAAGAAUAAACCAGAGAAUCAAAUAGUAGCAUUAACGCCAGUAGAAGAUACCAAUAAACAUAUAUCAUUACCACAUAACAUCAAACAAAUAACAGGAGCUCCAGAAAAUGAAUCAGACGAAGACGAUACCGAAGACGAUACAGAAGAAAAACUUUUGGAAUCCGAAGAAACGGAAGAAACUGAUAUAGAGGUUUUGGAGCCAGAUAUGGUAGACAAGAAUAUGGAAACCGAUGAAGGAACUGAUCAAAAACACAAGAUAGUUCAAGCCCAGUGUGAAUUAGAAGACAAAGAGACAGAAACUAAUCCAGAGGUUGGAGUUCAAGUGAAACUUGAAGAAAAAGUACAAAAUAUGGGCGAUGGUGAUAUAACCAAAGAUUUAAAUCUAAAUCAAACCUCAAAUAGUAGUGAGACUGAAGAGAAAACUAAUAUAGAUAGUCAAUUAUUACAGAUAAGUUCAGUAAGUGGUGUUAAACACGAAACCAGUGCGAAUGAAGUUGAAGACAAGUCUAAAGAUAAGAAAACCGAAGAUCCUGAACUCUCUUCGGCAUAUAAUGCCAUAUUUUUCCACUCAACUUUAUUCUUUUUGUGGUGUAUUAUCACGGUUAUCAACGUUCCUGCAGUUUUAACGUGGGCACACAGUUUCAAGUAUAGUACGGUUCUGGAAGCUGAUUCCUCUUUUAUACCAGGGUUUACGUUAAGUAUUUGUGCCCUAAUUUUAUGGCAAUUUGAGUUUCCCAGAACUAACAGGAAAUGGAUGAAAGAACUCCAGAAGUUUGUAUUGCUAAUGGCAAUAAUAUGUUUAUUAUUCGCAUCGAUAUCGAUCUACAGAAUAUCUUAUAUAUUGAUGCUAACAAUAGUUGUGGUCACCUUACACCAAGUGUUUGCUCCACAAGAGGAUGAUAGCGUUAUCGAAGAAGACGAUGACGAAAGAACUAGGUACUCUGAUCUCAAAGCGAAGAUGGAAUGAACAAUAUUAGGAUAGAGUUGUAUUUUUAAGUUGUUUUGUUUAGUUAGCUGUGUUUGAUACACGAAUAAACUAAGCAAAGAGUAUAAAUUGUGUUUUCUCAAUAAACGCCUUAAGAUUU